AUGAAUGGCUGUAGACCAUUCAUAGGUGUAGAUGGAUGUCAUUUGAAGAAUAGCUAUGGAGGCCAACUUUUAGUUGAUGUGGCAACAGAUCCAAAUGACCAAUACUUUCCACUGGCAUUUGCUGUUGUAGAGAAUGAGUGCAAGGAGACUUGGAGGUGGUUCCUAACAUUAUUGUUAGAGGGCAUUAGAGAUAUUCAAAGCCUGAUGCAAGUAUUUGAUGAACUAUUGCAUGGAGUCAAGCAGCGUUUUUGUCUAAGGCAUUUGUACAACAACUACAAGAAGAGAUUUGGUGGUGGUAUAGUCAUUAGGAAUCUCAUGAUGGCUGCUGCUAAAGCCACAUACUACCAAGGUUGGGAGGCAAGUAUGGAAGAGCUAAAGAAGGUCAAUCAAGAAGCUGCUGAAUGGUUAUAUGCAAUUCCACGUAAAUCUUGGUGUAAACAUGCAUUUAGUGCAUAUUCUAGGUGUGAUGUCCUCAUGAACAACUUAUUAGAGUCAUUUAAUAACACUAUAUUGUUAGCUAGGGAUAAACCAAUUAUAACAAUGAUGGAGUGGAUUAAGACUUACUUGAUGAGUAGGUUUGAACAUUUGCGAGAAAAAUUAAGUGCAUUUACGGGUGUUGUAAUGCCUAAACCAAACAAAGGGCUAGAUAGGGAAAUAAAGAAAAGUGAAAAUUGGUUUGCUGUUUGGACUGGAGAUGGUAAGUUUGAAGUUACACAAGGAUUCACAAUGGAUAAAUUCACAGUUGACCUCACAAACCACACUUGCACCUGUUACUUUUGGGACUUAGUUGGCAUACAAUGUAGACAUGCCGUGGCUGCAAUCAAUUAUAGAGUAGAACAACCCUCUGAUUAUGUGCAUGCAUAUUACAAAAGGGAGGCUUAUGAAGCUUGUUAUGGGUCACAAAUUUCACCCAUUAAUGGCCAACAACUCUAG